AUGUCCGAUCUUCCGAGGGAGAUGGAGGAGGAGGUGCUGUCGAAGCUUCCGGUGACAUCUCUGGGAGAAGUACGAUCGACCUGCAAAAAGUGGAACAGCAUAACGAAAGGUCAUAGCUUUUUGAAGAGGCACAUGGGUGAAUCAGCAGAAGGAGCAUCAAAGAAGAAGCAGAAGCAAAGGAAGGGAAUUGAAAUCAAGGUGGUGAUGUUGCUGGAAAAGAGAGUGUCUUUGAUGAGCGUCAAUCUCCUCUAUCCAUCUAUAGAGCCUAUAGGUAAUAUCAACGCAGAUGGAGUCGACAUAUCUAAAAUCAUUCACUGCGACGGUUUGUUCUUAUGCAUCACUGAAGAGGAAAACUCCUCUAGGGUUGUUGUGUUGAACCCUUAUCUGGGACAAACAAGGUGGAUCGAACCCAGAACUUCUUACCACAGAUUCGACAGUUACGCUCUCGGAUACGAUAAUAAGAAGAAGCACAAAGUCUUGAGAUUUGUGAAUGAUUACGACCCGAGAGUCAAGCACCGAGUUUGCGAGUUUGAAAUCUACAGUUUAGACUCCAACUCAUGGAAGGUUGUUGAUGUCGGUCCCGACCACGACUGGACCACUUCGUUUAUCCUCCGUGGCUUGUCUCUAAAGGGCAACACUUACUGGUAUGCUCGUGACAAGUUGGCAUCAAGUAGGAUAGAUGUCGCUGAUUUCCUAAUCUGUUUUGAUUUCGAAACGGAGAGGUUUGGACCGCGCCUGCCUCUGCCUUUCCACGGUCUCGUUGGAGACACGGUGACUCUUUCUAGCGUCAGAGAAGAGCAGCUCGCGGUGCUGUUUCAGGGAAACCGUGCGCCUGUAUACACGGUCGAGAUAUGGAUUAGUAGUAAGAUUGAGCCGAAUGCAGUGUCGUGGAGCAGCUUGUUCUUAGCUGUUGAUAUGAGACCACUCAUUGGUGUUCGGUUUAACAAUUACGCUGCGAGUUUCUUUGUUGACGAGGAGGAGAAGCUCGCGGUGGUUCUUCAUAAAGACAGAGGUAGUCCUGGCCCAACAACUCGCAACACGGCUUGCAUCGUUGGAGAUAAUGGCUACUUCAAACAAGUUGAUCUUGGCGAAUCUAAACAGUAUUGUUGUUUUCCCCUUGUGAGCUCUUAUGUUCCUAGCUCAGUGCAAAUCGAGCAACCUGCAAUACUGGGCAGCCAGAAGAACACACCUUAA